AUGCCCCAUGCUCGUCCCAGGAACCAGAGUCCGAUCCCAGAGGUGACGUGGGACUCUGGUCUCAAGGAAAUGAAUGAGACCUGGAAGGGAGCUGUUGCCUGCCUCGGGGUGGCUGUCUUCUUUGUGAUGACCAUCGGGAUUAUUUACUGGCAAGUGGUGGACCAGCCAAACAAGAACUGGAUCUUGAGAGGGAGCACCAGUGGUCUCAUCUGGGAGCGAAGGUCUCACUCCCUCGUCCUGCAGACCCUGAGCGAGGAGAAGACCCUGGUGGAGAUCAUUGUGGGCAACUUCCCAGACAUGGAGCAGCCCUUUGUGAAGAACUUGUGCUGGCUCAACAAGACGGAGUUCUGCUAUACCUGGGAUGCGACGGCGGAUCUGGAGAUCUCCCUUGAACCUGGUCCUUCCGCCGGCACAGAGUGCUACAGGAUAAACUGGACUCCUCUGCACUGCAAGAUUACACUAAAGGAUUGUUUUUCAAUGACUAAUGUCUCCUGGUACGGAGGAGCAAGCAUCAGAGCCCAGCGCUGGCCUUUGAACAAUGUGAAUACAAAGUCCCAGCCAUUUGUUAUCAGCAACCUCACCAAAAAUCCCACCGGCUAUGGAUCUGUCUUAGAAAAAUACUUUUUGGGAUCAACGGGGGUGACAGUAACAGUUGCACCAGACGUCCCCAUCUCCCUCUCAGUGGAGAGCAAUAGGCACUUCUGUCUUGAGAGCCCUUCCAGCAUAGCCAUGGUCCCCCUACAGUACAUGGUGUGCAUCAGUCAAAACAUCACGUCUGCUCACCAGGAAGUAGGGAGCCAGCUCUCAGAGCAGGAGAGGAGGCUGCCAAACACUGACAUAUUAGGGUUGCCAAUCUGGAGGCAUUACAAAGCAGUGGAUUCUGCUGCCAAAAUGGAGCGAGGAUUAAGGUCUUUCUUCAACAGAUUGAAAAGACAUCAUCUCGGGGAGGGGCUAAUUGCUCUCAACGAACAUUCCACAAUGUUACUUUCCAAUGCGGACCAUAUGCACUUGCCCAUGGCUAGCAGGAAGAUGCAUGCUCUGAGACACACCAGGGACUUCUCGUUAAUUAAACCUCUGAAGUUUUCCAUAACUCUGUCCCCGUAUACAAGCAUUAACUCCCAGCUGUUUCUGAUGUCUCUGCAAGAGGGCAAAGAAAAUUACUGGCUGAGCCUCCAUUCGAAAUUCGACAGCCACCCGACUCCUCUGCUUAUCAAGUGGAAAGGGCAGUUUUCUGUCCGGCUGAACGUGACCAAUGAUGCUGCAAGAAGCUGGUACAUGGACAGGGUGAGCCUCUUGUGGCAGAGACUGGGAGCGCAGUACGUGACUUUUGAAGGUGCUGAAGGAAACACGUUUGCAGAGCAGGCAAUCCAGCCACCCAGAGAACUGGAAGGGGAUAAAUACAUUGGCAUUUUUGCACUAAUGGCAGCUACGCUGGGAAAUUCGACAAUAAUUAGUGCCGUCACAAGAUCUAACCAUCUGCCACUCUUCAUUCAAAUGACCCCGCUCCAGUCGGACUGGAGCUAUGCUGGUUUGAAGGGAAUUAUACCUUCUGUGCUUCACUACAGUCUUCUUGGCUACAACUUCUUCAUUCCGGAUGCAGUAGGAGGGACCCUGGCAAAUGAGUUCCUGACAGAAGAAGAGCUGUAUAUUCGUUGGCUGCAGAUUGUGACUUUCCUUCCUGUGAUGUCCUUCAGCACUCCGCCAUGGGUCUGCUGUGACGACUGGGUACUGAAUCUCACUAGGCAAUACAUACAGAGGCAUCAAGAUUUUGUUGUCCCGCUCAUUCUAAAAUUCAGCAAGGAAUGGCUCUCCUGGGGGUAUCCCAUCUUCCGGCCGCUGUGGUGGCUCAGCCCCAAUGACCCAGUCACCUUCACUAUAGAUGACGAAUUCCUCAUUGGAGACGAGGUACUGAUUGCCCCAAUUACAGAACAAGGGCGAGUUCAGAGAGACAUCUACCUGCCUGGGGAAGGCCACAUAUGGAUGGACACCAACACCGCCCAGGUGUUUGAUGGAGGAACCUUAAUCAGGAACUACUCAGUCAGUCUUGGGGAGGUGCCAGUUUUUGUAAAAGCCUCCUAG